UUAAGUGGGAGUGGGAAGAAAGGGAGAAGUCUCUUCUUCACUGGCCUCUCUCUGUCGGCUAUGACCCUCCUUUGACGUUUGUGUGCAUCGUAAUCAAAAUACCACCCCCGUGUUGCAGGAGAGGAGAGAGGUUCAGAUAAUCGACGGCAGUAUUCUUAAUUAAAUAUAUAUAUAUAUAGAUAUACCACCGCCUGUUCAAUCGCCGGAAACCGACGGCAUCAUGAGGAAGGACUCCCCGCCGGCGACUGUACCCACUGCCACCGUCGGUAAGUUCUUCCUUUGCUUCGAAACGAAGCCCUUAGUGGCCACAUUGAUAGCACUCACACUCGUCAUGCUCGUCUGGAACCUUCCUCCAUACUACCAAAAUCUCCUCUCAACUACCCGCCCUUGCUCCGCCACCCCCACCCCCUCCACCACCACCUCGCUUAUCGCGGCAAACGAUUCGGCAACCCCAUCGUUUUCGGCUAACCCAGUAGCAGCGCAGAAAUACUCCGCUUCUAAACCCACCGACCCCAACAAGCGAGUCUUCCAGGCUUACGGUAACGCGGCAGCCCUUUUCGUACAUAUGGGUGCGUACCGCGGCGGUCCCAGGACGUUUGCGGUGGUGGGUCUGGCAUCCAAGCCCAUCCACGUGUUUGGGCGUCCCUGGUUCAAGUGCGAAUGGAUCUCCAAUAACGGUACAUCUAUGAGGGCUAAAGCCUAUAAGAUGCUUCCUGACUGGGGCUAUGGCCGCGUUUAUACAGUUGUUGUCGUCAAUUGCACUUUCGCUGAAAAUCCUAACGCGGAUAACGCCGGUGGCAAGCUGCUUAUCAAUGCCUACUACGGGGAAUCGCAGAGGAAGUACGAGAAGUUCACGGCCUUGGAAGAAGCGCCUGGAUCUUACAACGAGUCCAAGUACCACCCUCCUUAUCAAUACGAGUAUCUUUAUUGUGGGUCUUCCUUGUACGGGAAUCUGAGCGCCUCCAGGAUAAGGGAAUGGAUGGCUUAUCACGCCUGGUUCUUCGGACCCAGUUCCCAUUUUGUUUUCCACGACGCUGGUGGGGUAACGCCUGAGGUGCGGAAGGUCCUCGAGCCGUGGGUCAGAGCCGGUAGAGCCACCGUUCAAGAUAUCAGGGCGCAGGAAGAGUACGAUGGAUAUUACUAUAACCAGUUCUUAGUAGUGAACGAUUGCCUGCACCGGUACCGACACGCUGCUAAUUGGACAUUUUUCUUCGAUGUGGACGAGUACAUCUAUUUGCCGGAUGGUAGCAGUCUGAAAUCUGUUCUAGAUGAGUUUUCGGAUUAUACUCAGUUCACAAUUGAGCAAAAUCCCAUGUCCAGUGUCCUCUGCUUGAACGAUUCCACUCGAGAUUACACUAGGCAAUGGGGAUUCGAGAAGCUCCUAUUCAGGGAUUCAAGAACAGGAAUCCGGCGUGACAGGAAAUAUGCUAUUCAAGCUAAGAACGCAUAUGCAACAGGGGUUCACAUGUCGGAGAAUGUAGUUGGCAAGACAUUACACAAGACAGAAUCCAGAAUUCGAUACUAUCACUACCACAACUCCAUAACAGUACACGAGGAGCUUUGCAGGGAAUUCCUUCCUGAAUCAGCCAAGAAGGAGGUUACAUUAUACAACAAGCUUCCAUAUGUCUACGACGAUAACAUGAACAAGCUUGUCAACACCAUCAAGGAAUUCGAACGCAGAACAAUAGGAAACGUGUCGAGCUCCUCAUAGUUUGCAGAGCUGGAAAUUAGUUAACAAAAUCUUUUCGUCCCCCACCAAGUCCUCAAAGUCUGCAAAUUGUGAUAAAGAUGGACGUGGUUGUGCUAAAAUUUCAGAAGUCCUGCAUCUGGGUCUGCAGAAAGUAAAGUAGUGUUCCGUCGGCAGGGAUGAAUGGUUGUGAUUAGAGAAAAAUAGUGAAGUGGGAGAGGAGGGGAGGGCCCCUAUACUGCUUUGAUUUUGUCUAUAUUAAAAGGUGAGUGUUUUACCUUUUCUUUUUCGUUUUUUCACUUUCUUCCAUCAAUAACUUGAUUUCAUUUAUACUUUUAGCCUAAAUUUUUAAUUUGUUCA